AUGGUCAAGUCCGCUGUCUUAGGUUACCCUCGUGUCGGUGUCAACAGAUCCGCUAAGAAGGCCAUCGAGUCUUACUGGGCUGGUAACAGCUCUGCUGAGCAACUUCAAGAGACCGCCAAGAACAUCCGAAAGGAACGAUGGGAGUCUAUCAAGAACGCUGGUGUAGAUGUCAUCCCUUCCGGUGAUUUCACCCUCUAUGACCACCUCCUUGACCACUCCUUCAACUUCGGUGUUAUCCCUCAACGAUACGUCGAACAAAAAUUGUCUCCUCUCGACACCUACUUCGCCAUGGGUCGAGGAAGACAAGACCGAGCUAAAGGUAUCGAUGUCGUUGCCUCUGAAAUGGGUAAAUUCUUCGACUCCAACUACCACAUCGUCAAAGUUGACCACUCCCCAUCCACCGAGUUCUCCCUCAAGAACAACCAACAAUUGAACGAAUACAAGGAAGCCAAGGAACUCGGUAUCACCACCCGACCCGUUCUCUUCGGUCCCAUCACCUACCUCUCCCUCGUCCGAGCCGGUCGAGAUGCUCCUGCUGACUUCGAGCCUAUCUCACUUCUCGACAAAUUGAUCCCCGUCUACAAGGAACUCUUGACCCAACUCAAGGAAGCUGGUGUCGAGGAAGUCCAAAUGGACGAACCCAUCCUUGUUUUGGACAAAGCUGAACAACAAGGUGAUCUCUUCAAGAAGACUUACGAAGCUCUUGCUCCUGUCGCCCCUAAGAUUACCAUCACCACCGCCUACGGUCGAGUUGGCAAAUCAAUCGAAUUCCUCAAAGACCUCCCCAUCCACGCUCUCCACCUCGAUCUUGACCGAGAACCCAAGCAACUCGAUGAAGUUCUCGCUGCCCUUAAACCUACCAAGAUCGCUAUCGAGCUCGGUGUCGUUUCCGGUAGAAACAUCUGGAAGAACGACCUUAAAGCUUCCAAAGCUCUUGCCGACAAGGCUAUCGCUGAGCUCGGUGCUGAUAAAGUAACCGUUUCCACCUCUUCUUCCCUUCUCCACACCCCUAUCUCCAUCAAGGUCGAGACCAAAUUGACCCCUCAACAAGUCUCUUGGUUGUCCUUCGCUACCGAGAAGUGUGAGGAAGUCGCCACCCUCGCCGGUGCCCUUAACGGUAAAGAAUCCGAAGCUUUCGAGCAAAACUCCAAGGACAUCGCUGCCCGAAGAGAAUUCGAACGAACCUCCGACUCAGCUGUCCGAGACCGAGUUGCCGCCAUCACCGAGGAACAACUCAAGAGAAAAUCACCUUUCCCCGCUAGACGAGAAGCCCAAAAGAAACACCUCAACCUUCCUAAAUUCCCCACCACCACCAUCGGAUCAUUCCCUCAAACCAAGGAAAUCCGAGUUGCCCGAGCUAAGUUCACCAAGGGUGAACUCUCCAAGGAGGAUUACGAGAAGGCCAUGGAGAAGGAAGUUGGUUCCGUUGUUGAAUUCCAAGAGAAGGUUGGACUUGACUUGCUCGUCCACGGUGAACCUGAACGAAACGAUAUGGUUCAAUACUUUGGUGAACAAUUGAACGGUUUCAUCUUCACUCAACUUGGUUGGGUUCAGUCUUACGGUUCCCGAUACGUCCGACCCCCCAUCGUUGUCUCUGACGUUUCCCGACCAUCUCCUAUGACCGUCCGAUGGUCUUCAUACGCUCAAUCCUUGACCAAGCUCCCCAUGAAGGGUAUGUUGACUGGUCCAGUCACCAUCCUCAACUGGUCUUUCCCCCGAGCCGAUGUCACCAAGGAAGUUCAAUCCAAGCAACUCGCUCUUGCUCUCCGAGACGAAGUGGUUGACCUCGCCAACGCCGGUAUCAAGGCUAUCCAAGUCGACGAGCCCGCUAUCCGAGAGGGUCUUCCUUUGAGAAAGGCCGACUGGGACAACUACCUCACCUGGGCUGUUGACUCUUUCAGACUUUCCACCUCCGGUGUCGAGGAUGAUAUCCAAGUCCAUUCUCACUUCUGUUACUCUGAUUUCGGAGAUAUCUUCCCCUCCAUCCAACGAUUAGAUGCCGAUGUCAUCUCCAUCGAAGCUUCCAAGGCCGACUUGAAAUUGUUGGACGUCUUCAAAUCAUACGGAUACUCCAACGAGAUCGGUCCCGGUGUUUACGAUAUCCACUCACCCCGAGUUCCCUCUGAACAAGAGAUCAAAGACCGGAUUGCCGCCAUGGUCAAGGUGCUCCCUGCUGACCUGAUGGUUGUCAACCCCGAUUGUGGUCUUAAGACUCGAGGAUGGAAGGAAACUGAGGAAUCACUCGCCAACUUGGUAGCUGCUGCCAAAUGGGCUAGAGAGACCUACGCUUAA